CGCGCGCUGCCGUGGAGCCUCGGUGUAAAAGAGCUGAGGAGCCAAACCGGCAGAAACACAGGGAUCGUGAAGUGACAGCAGCCUCUGCAGACUUCAACACUUCCUCAAACACCGUCAGCGAUUUCAAGUCGAAACCUCCUGGAAACGCUCGGAUCCAGACCCGACUCCGCUCCAGACGCAAACACUGCGCUUUUCCUCCACAGCGGAAGAGGAGGCUUCGGUGAACGGUCACCAUGGCACCCUUCCUGCGUAUUGCCUUCAAUGCUUAUGAUGUGGGCGCUCUGCCUGCUUUAUCUGACCCACCCAUCUGUGCCAUCAAGAUGAAGGAGUCUGUCAACACAGAACGAGGAAAAACUCUGGUCCAGAGAAAGCCCACCAUGUAUCCAGCCUGGAAGUCCACUUUUGAUGCUCACAUCUAUGAGGGGCGAGUUUUGGAGGUGGUGCUAAUGCAGAACACAGAGGAGCCAUUGGCCAAGGCUACGGUGGGCGUGUCUGUACUGGCAGAACGUUGUAAGAAGUCCAAAACCAACGGACGUGCCGAGUUCUGGGUAGACCUGCAUCCUUCUGGGAAGGUCCAAAUGGCAGUCCAGUUCUUUCUGGAGGAUACUGAUGUGGUGUCUAAACCUUCAGUGAAAGUUGCUCCUGAGGAUGGACUCACGACCCUCAACAGGAGAAGAGGAGCUUUCAAACAGCCAAAGGUUCACGUCAUCAAGAACCAUGAGUUCACAGCCACCUUCUUCCAUCAACCCACAUUCUGUUCUGUGUGUAGAGAGUUCCUCUGGGGCCUCAACAAGCAAGGCUAUAAGUGCAGACAAUGCAAUGCAGCAAUCCACAAGAAAUGCAUCGAAAUGAUCAUAGGCAGGUGUACUGGAACAGCAGCCAACAGUCGCGAAACAGUGUUCCAGAAAGAGCGCUUCAAUAUUGAUAUGCCCCAUCGCUUCAAGUACUAUAACUACAAGAGUCCCACCUUCUGUGACCACUGUGGCAGUCUACUCUGGGGUCUCUAUAGACAAGGCCUGAAAUGUGAAGACUGUGCCAUGAAUGUACAUAGUUACUGUCAGAAGAAAGUGGCCAAUCUGUGUGGAAUCAACCAGAAACUACUGGCAGAAGCUCUGUCACAAGUCUCUCAGAAAUCUAUCAAGAAGGCUGAUAACUCCAAUGCAAGUGAUAUUGGAAUCUACCAAGACAUCAAAAGUGCAACAGCAGACCCUGGUGCAGAUGCCAAAAGUCGUGAGGGCCCGAGCUCAGCCCCAGCCGCACCUACAGCUUCCAGGAUACGUCUCACAAUCAACCACCUGGUGUUCCACAAGGUGCUGGGAAAAGGCAGUUUUGGCAAGGUGCUGCUGGCAGAGUUGAAGGGACAGGGUCAGUACUUUGCCGUGAAGGUCCUAAAGAAAGAUGUAGUUCUCAUGGAUGAUGAUGUGGAGUGUACCAUGGUGGAGAAGAGAGUCCUUGCCCUGGCCUGGGAGAACCCCUUCCUCACACACCUGUACUCCACAUUCCAGUCUAAAGAGCAUCUCUUCUUUGUCAUGGAGUACCUGAACGGAGGUGAUUUGAUGUUUCACAUCCAAGACAAAGGUCGCUUUGAUCUCAACAGGGCCACAUUCUACGCUGCUGAGAUCAUAGUUGGACUGCAGUUCCUCCACUCAAAGGGAAUCAUCUAUCGAGAUCUAAAACUAGACAAUGUGAUGCUGGACAAGGAUGGACACAUAAAAAUUGCAGACUUUGGCAUGUGUAAAGAGAAUGUGUUUGGAGAGGCCAGAGCCACCACGUUUUGUGGGACACCAGACUACAUCGCACCAGAGAUCCUGUUAGGGCAGAAGUAUACCUUCUCAGUGGACUGGUGGUCUUUUGGUGUGCUGGUGUAUGAGAUGCUGAUUGGUCAGUCACCUUUCCAAGGCGACGAUGAAGAUGAACUGUUUGAGUCCAUCAGGUCAGACACUCCCCACUAUCCACGGUGGAUCACGAAGGAGUCCAAGAACCUGAUUGAACUGCUGUUUGAGCGAGAUCCCAGUCGCAGGUUGGGCGUGGUGGGAGACAUCCGUGCACACCCAUUCUUCAAAACUAUCAACUGGUCAGCACUGGAGAAGAGAGAAGUGGACCCCCCUUUCAAGCCCAAAGUGAAAUCUGCCAAUGACUGCAGCAACUUCGACAGGGAGUUCCUGAAUGAGAAGCCACGCCUCUCCCACGCAGACAAAAACCUCAUUGACUCCAUGGACCAGGCAGCAUUUGCCGGCUUUUCCUUUGUCAACCCCAAACUAGAACACAUGAUAAGCAAAUGAAAAGACAAAGUGACUUCUGUGAAUGCAGUCAUAGCCCAGCACACCAAAAAAGGCUCUUCAUUUUGUGUAAAUAUGAGCUAAAUUCAACUGGAUGGGGGGGAAAAAAACAUAAAAAGAUUUGGGUUUGACAUCUUUAUUUCCUCUCUAAAACAGAGGAUGAAAUUAAAUGAUACCAGUGUUGUCUGAGACAUCUAAAGCAAUGAUCCUGUAUACAUAGAUGUAAAAAAAAAAACCCAGGAAUUAAGGGAGAUACUAAAUGAACUAGUGUUACCGUAAUCAGUGCUGGGGAGGAUUAGUGAGAUCUACAUUCUGUCUUAGCUUUUUUACUUUUGUGUUUUUUAGUGAUUGCACAUCAGAUCUAGUUGAAUCAUUGUACUGUAUGUAAAAGUUAAAAAUUGCAGGCACCAACAUGACACAUGACAUUGUUUGAGUUCAGUGGUACAAAUUCACCCUCACCCUCUAUGCUGUGCCACCUCCACUUACAUGCAAAAUGUGUGGGUGUGUGCAGGUAUUUUUAUUUUUUUCUUUUUAGAUGCGCAGGGUGCUGUUGUAGUUGGUAACACUGUUUCUAUGAAUGAAAGAUAUAUAUAUAUAUACACCAUAGAAAAAUACUAGAACCAAGUACAUACCCUCUGUAAAAUCCUUUUUGUUUGUUUUGUUUUUUAAUUAAGGCAGGUUUCUACAUGAUUGUCAUCUUGAUUUCUCUGUGCGCCACCAGUAUCAAAUUGCAUACUGUACACAAGCAUAUUGCAUGAAAUCAGUCAUUAUGUAAUUUUCUGAUGCCGCAGUUAUUCUGGAGAGUCAUCAAACUGGAAAAGAGUUGCAGCAGUGGCAUGGUACUACACCUGUACAUCUGAAUGUGUGGAAGGAUGUGUUAUUUUGUGUGGGAGAGGCAUUUUACUGUAAGUGUAGGGGCUCUGAAAUAUGUUAUAUUACUUGAAUGUAGGAAUUUAACCUGAAAAUAAUGGAACUGUAUAUGGAAAUUAAUAUGUAUAUUACCAUUUACUGUCUGUUAGUUAUGGGUGUACUUUUUUACUCUCCUCAUCUUUUACAUGUGAUUAUGAAUAAAUGCAUUGUAAAUUCAA